AUGGCUGAGAUGGGGAUGGGGAAGGGGGUUACUGCGGGGAAACUUGCCAGUAACGUGCAGAAAAAAUUAACACGGGCCCAAGAGAAGGUAAGAUAUUGAAUAACGUAAAUGCGUUAUUUUCCGUUAUCUCUGGUUACAUCCUAAUGACACAUCACCGGAGAGGACUCAGUGACGCAUCAUCAUGACCGUUAACCUUUAAAAACCUAGUAGGCCUACGGUCGACAGGGUAUUCCCUUAAUUCAUUCGUUAUUUAAUUAUACACAUCCCUUUAACCGCAUGCCUAUCGGCCGGAUACAUGUGGAUAUGCCAAAUUGAACAAUAUAAAUAAUUGUAUAGCUAAAGCAAUUUGACAAAUGCAGUGAAAGCAAAUUAAAUGAAUUCCCUGAUCUGGUCUGCUAUAAUGCAGUGACUAUUCAAUAACAUUCCAUGCAGCAUCCAUAACCUAAAAGCAUUCCGUUUCCGGUUAGAUGUGGUAUACAGUAGUUUAUUUAGCAUUUUAUAAAAACCUUAAUUUAGCUGUUAUGCAGCUUCAAAAUGACUAAUAAAUAUAUUUUCAUAAUGAGUGACAUAAGGAAAUACAGUAACACUUGACAUCAAAGUCCUAUACAUGUGUAGUAACAUUGUGUUUAUUACAAUAGCAACAUUGUUGUUACAGAGGACUUUGGAAAUUGCUUUAUAAUUGGAUAAUAAUGGAUUUAUUACAUACAUUGUGUGGAGUAUAAUUACUGAAUCAUCUGGGGUCUGAACUGAAUCAUCUGGGGUCUGAACUGAAUCAUCUGGGGUCUGAACUGAAUCAUCUGGGGUCUGAACUGAAUCAUCUUGGGUCUGAAUUGAAUCAUCUGGGGUCUGAACUGAAUCAUCUGAGGUCUGAACUGAAUCAUCUGGGGUCUGAACUGAAUCAUCGAGGUCUGAACUGAAUCUAUCUGGGGUCCUGAAACUGAUCAUCUGGGGUCUGACUGAAUCAUCUGGGGUCUGAACUGAAUCAUCUUGGGUCUGAAUUGAAUCAUCUGGGGUCUGAACUGAAUCAUCUGAGGUCUGAACUGAAUCAUCUGGGGUCUGAACUGAAUCAUCUGAGGUCUGAACUGAAUCAUCUGGGGUCUGAACUGAUAAUGUACCAGUGUUUUUUAAUUGCAUCUUGCAUGGCAUUUCCCAGAGGAGAAUAUUACACAAUACAUUGUAUCCUCGGGUCAGUCUUUUUGCGCACUGGGGAUUCAGGCUAACCAAUUCGCUAGUGUCCACGAUGCGCUCCGCAGCUGAUUGUAGGCACUCCUCAGAAUAACCUCUCUGCCGAAAUCCGUUCAUCAAAACUGUUACUUUUUGAGAGGAAGCCGCGCGUCAUGUGUGCUACAGAUUCCUACUGGACAAGUUUUAAAACUGACUGACGUUUAAAUCAAAUCAAAUCAAAUCAAAUUGGAUUGGUCACAUGCCGCCGAAUACAACAGGUUGCGACAUUACAGUGAAUUGCUACUUACAAGCCCUUAACCAACAGUGCAUUUAAGGAAUGGGAUGGAAACACUCACUUCUUAGAAGCGUCUUUCGAUCUGUGGGCUUCCUGCAUAGAUCGGUGACAAGUGUGCCCUUUUCUUUGGCGAUCUGAAUGUCAAGGAAGCUGUACACUAAAGUAAUCAAAGUCCAUUACUUAUUAAGAAACUCACUGAACAUCGGGUUAAUACCAAUAAUCAUCUAUAUAACGUCGAAAUAGUUUGAUCUUGGAUAGAAAGGGAUUUUGCUCAGGGUUGAGAAUGCGAUUAUGUUUGUAAGAGUUCCAUAUGAAGAUUGUCAUAAUUGGGUGCCAUCGUACUACCCAUAGCGGUUCCUUUAGUUUGUAGGAAAAAGUCACUUCUAACCAAUAAACAGUUCUUUGUGAGUACCAGCUCUGCUAGGUCUCUGAUACAUGAGGAUCAAGGCCAAGUCUGUACGCCGUACCUGUUUACAUCUUCUGUAUAAAUGAGACAAGGAUUGUUUUCCAUGUAUACAUCUGCUGUAUAAAUGGCCAGGAUAAAGAUGAAUGUUAAACGUAUGUCUUGUUCAAUGUCUUUUUUCCAGGUUAUGCAGAAGCUGGGUAAAGCAGAUGAGACCAGAGAUGUUGCAUUUGAGGAGGGAGUUAUCAACUUCAACAAACAAUAUGUAAGAGUCAACAAACAAUAUCGGUCUUUUAAAAUGGUCUGACUCCUCCAUCAAAGCCAUGAUAUGUGUACAAUGAGAUGUUUUAUGUUCCCUUCUCAGACAGAGGGAUCCAAACUGCAAAAAGACCUGAGAGCCUACCUGGCUGCAGUACAAAGUAGGAUUUUAAUUUAAUCAAGACUCUAACAUGCUGACUACACUGGGCACGUGCGUGCGUCCGUGAGCCGGCAUCGAGCGCAUGUUGAUUUUGUCCAUCCACACCAGACGCGAUCAGGACACGCAGGUUAAAAUAUUAAAAUGAACUCUGAACCAACUGUAUUAAUUUGGGGACAGGUCCAAACACACAUGAAAUAUGAAUGGACAUUUAGCUAGCUAG